GGCGUGUCAAGUUAGUUCUGCUAUCGACUUCUCGCGAGAGUCCGCGUUAAUAGACUGAAGAUGGAGGCUGUUCCUCGUAUGCCAAUGUUAUGUUUUUCUUUAAAACACAGCCCCGAAUAUGUGGAAUUUGGCCCUGUUUUGAAAAAGAUUAUACGAGAACAAUACUCAGAAGAUCCUGCUCUCUACAACAAAGCCUGCAAUGACUUGGAACAUAUGCGACAGGUUGCUGUUAGUGUUCCUCGGGAUUUCACUGGCUGCAGUACACUAAAAAGAUAUUAUGCACAGCUUCAGUUUUUACAGAGCCGUUUUAAGCUUGGCCAAGAUGAUGAGGAUGCUAUAUCUUUCACCUGGGAAGAUGUGCAUACGGGAAGAGAAUAUGUAUACCAGGACAUUAAAUUUGAACAGGCAUGCAUAUUAUAUAACAUUGGCGCCUUGCAUUCCAUCCUCGGAGCUGCUGACACACGAACAACUGCAGAAGGUAUGAAAGUAUCCUGUACCCACUUUCAGUGUGCUGCUUGGGCAUUUGAAUACCUAAGAGAUUAUUACACAGCCUACAGUCAAGACCUCUCAAGAGAAAUGAUGUCUUUCCAUGUAAACUUAAUGCUUGCCCAAGCUCAAGAAUGUAUUCUUGAGAAGUCAAUGAGUGAUAGUCGCAAGAGCACAAUUACAGCCAAAGUUGCAGCAGAGAUUGUUGAGUAUUACAAACUGGCAUUAAAGAACGCAGCUAUUGUUUAUGAUCAGGGAAUUUUGGGUUCAAGUUUGUACAAGGCUUGGAAGAGACGAAUGGAAUGCAAAAUGCUGUUUUAUCAGUGUAUUAAAUACUUCUAUCUUGGCCAACAAGCUGAUGGCCAACAGAAAUGGGGAGAAAGAGUUACAUAUUUUUCAACAGCACAUGAUCGGUUGACAGAAUGCAUGAAACUUUCCAAAGCUGAUGACAUGCAAGAACCAUUACAGUUUACAUAUGAUGUUGUUGUAGGCAAAUAUGAUUCAGCUAAGAAAGAUAAUGAUUUUAUAUAUCAUGAAAAAGUGCCCGAUUUAGAAUGCCUCCCUGAAGUAAAAGGUGCAUCACUAGUUAAAGGAAUUCCUUUUAAUCCCAAUGACCCAGAAAUAUCUGGCCCAGAUAUCUUCCAAAAACUUGUACCAAUAGAAGCCCAUGAAGCAGCAUCACUUUACAGUGAAGAAAAAGCAAAAAUCUCUCGAAAGUUAACUGGAAUGAUUGAAGAAAAGAAUGAAGAACUAGAACAUUUUCUUACUUCAUUACAACUAGAAAAGAGUAUUUUAGAACCUGAAGCAAGCCGCUUGCCUCAAGAUUUGCUGGAAAGAUGUGCAGCUAUCAGUGCACGACCAAAUGCAAUCAAAGAUCUGGUCGAUGUAAUGGGAAAGCUAUCUGGUUUUGCAACUGAAGUUGAGAUGGGAAUCAAAGAAGUGAAAGAACUAAUUGAGAAGGAAAUAAAAGCAGAAGAGGAAUUUGAAAAAACGUUUGGUAAAAGACCUCCAAUGACAAUCCUAAACCAAAUCCAGAAAGACUGUGAAUUGUAUGAGUCUGGACAUGCGAGGGGCAGUAAAUCUAACAAAGAUCUUCACAAAGCCAUGAAUGCUCAUGUUGCCAACUUAAAGUUAAUCAGUGGACCUCUUGAAGACAUACAGAACUCUUUACCUAAUUACGACAGCAUUAAAAAUCCGGAAGAGGAAGCUGUCCAAAAAGAGCUAAAAAAAUUGCUAGCAAAAGUGGAUGAGAUGAAAUCACAGCGUGUCAUGCUUGAGGAACAAUUUCGUACCAAACUACAAGAAGAUGAUAUUACGAAUGUGUUGGUAACACAAGAAGCAAACAAGCAGGAAAUAUUUGAAGAACAGUUGAAAAAGCAUGAUAAGACAAUCAAUUUAAUUGAACAAAACCUUGCUGCCCAAGAAAAUAUUUUACGAGCUUUAACGAAUGCAAAUGCAAAAUUUGCUAAUACUCGAAAGACAAUAACCGAGAUUAGAGUCAAACGAGAAGCAUUGAUCAAAGAACUGAUGAAUAGCUAUGAUGUUUACGAAGAUUUGUUGGCAAAGUCUCAUAAAGGUCUUGAGUUUUAUACAAAACUAGGGUCCAGCAUUGAGCAGAUGCUACGCCGAACUCGGAGUGUCUGCCAAGUGCAAGAAGAAGAGAGGGGCCAAAUAAAAAAUAAAUACAAUUCUAAAACUUCAACCCCAUCCAGACCUGCAGCACCCAAACCUGGCAGCAAUGUACAAUCGUCAUUACCAAGUUUCGAAGGACCCAAACUUAAGGAUUAUCUACCUUAUAUGAAACCAGCUACUUUUGGCAAAGGUGCUAAGGGCCAAACGGAUAGCCACUCUAGUGGUUCAUCAACACCCGAUGGCUCUGUCAGCUUACCUGAUUUAACUGCAGCAUCAGUGGUCUUGCACCAUGAAGGAGAGGGAGGAAGCAGUGGUGCACUUCCAGCUGGUGUAGGAGGAUCUAUGUCUCAAGGCACCCAGAGUGCUGACACUCAACAGUUUAUUGUGACUGCAGUUCCUUUUAAAAUACCUAGCAGUGCAGAUGCUGGUGCCAUAUCAGUACCAUCCUCUGGUACUCCUGUGGAAAUGAGUAGAACUUUGCCACUUACAGGUCCAUCAUAUGUGGCACAAGAGCAACAAGAGUCUCAGCAAUGCAAAUCACAGCUCCUACCACCACCACAGCAACGUCAGCAACACACCACUAAUACCGUUUCUGCUGUGGCCACACCCAUUGCUUCACCAACUAUGGAUGUUCAGGCUUAUUCCCACGUAUUGCCUAGCACUGCUGGAGUUAACAGUACUUUCAACAGGCAGCAAGGAAUCAGUGUCUCUGCAAAUGUGCAGGAUCCUGCAAACUUUCCUAAUGCUUCAAGAGUCCAGGCUGGUGGGCCACAGUACUAUCAUUCUCAAGAUGUACAGCAAUCUCAGCAGUACCCAGCUAGUACCAGUGUUCCCAAUGCAUUACCUCAAAGUGCUCAUCUUGUUCACUAUCCUAACCAGCAGCAAAUACCUGCUACAAACUAUCAGGCAGCUCCAGCUGGCCAUAUUGAUUCUAUGUAUCCUGAUAUAUAUAGCUAUCAACAGGUUUACUGUCAAAAUGUUUCAGAACAACACCAAAGACAGCAGAUUCCUUAUUCUAUGCCUCCAUCCACAGCUGCAACUCACCCACACCCACAAAUUUAUAGUUCACAAUCGCCGUCGCAACAUCCUUAUGGUGACAGGUUCUCUGUAUCACAGCCAGGUUAUUCUUCUCCUUCGAGGACUACACCCAACCAACAAAGCCACAUGCCUGGCCCACCUACACAGCAGCCUGUUUAUGGUCAAAUGGUUGCUCAGCAACAAUACCCUAGUAGUACCCAAGUUGCCCCUUACCAAAUACCUUCUGCCCAGCCUAUUUCUGCUUCACAAGGUCAGGUGCCAACUCAAAGAUGGAAUCCAAAUAUGGAUCCUACGCACAGUCCUUCACACACGCAGUACCAGAUGCCUAAUGCAAGCCAACAACAGCAUCCAUCAGCUGCAUCUUCAAUGAGUUACAUUCAUUCAGCUGGCAGCUAUGGAGUAACUAGCCCAGCUGUUGGACAGAAUCAACCUAUGCCAUGGGUAUCACCAUCUAAGCUGGCAGCUGGAAGUGGACAUCCAUCUGGUCAGUAUAUAAGCAAUGUACCCUUGCAGCAUGUGUCUCAACCUCAACAGCAGCAGCCACAGCAGCCUGCUCAUAUGAACUAUCCUCCUGGUUCUACAUCACAGUAUGGCCAACAGCAUCCUACUUUCACAGGACAACCUCAGCCUCCACCCCCACCACAGGCCCAGCCCCAGCUCCCACCACAGGCCCAGCCCCAGCUCCCACCACAGCACCAACCACAGGCCCAGCCCCAGCUACCACCACAGCACCAACCACAGGCCCAGCCCCAGCUACCACCACAGCACCAACCACAGGCCCAGCCACAGCACCAACCACAAGCCCAGCCCCAACUCCAACCUCAACUCCAUCCACAGGCUCAGCCACUGCAACACAUUCCGACACCUCAGCCACCUGCUAUGUCAUCAUCAGCUGGUCUACAACCACCAGGUUUACCUCCACAAAUUCCUAACCAAUGGAAGCAAAAUCAGCCACAAGCUCCUUCACAACAGACGUGGAUACCCAACCAAUCAUAUGGUGGUCUAAGUCACCAACAAGUGACAGGUCAGCCCCAACCAGGACAGAUUAUCUCCUCUAGAUUUCAAUCGCCAGCAGUACCCCAAAGUUCUCCUCAACACACUUAUAACCAAACACCCUCUCAAGAAAUGACAGCUAAUCAACAGAUCCUUGCAGGAUCUUCACAUCAAACUCCCUUCUCUCAAUCUUUCCCAGUUCAAGCAGCAAAACCAACUAUUCUUGAUCAUUCUCAGCAGAUGGCUACAGCUAGAAUGCCAGCACCUGUUCAACAAAAUCAAGCUACACAGCAGCAAUUACAAUCAGGAACCUCACAGAUCCAGCCACCUUCUACUCAAAGCUCUUUUCAGCAGCAACAGAAUACAAUGGGGGUAAUGCAAUCACAUCCAAAUCAAGGAAUGACUGGAGUUUCUACAGUACAACCACAACAGCAACAACAGGAUCUGAAUUUCCAACAGAAACUUUCUACAAAUCUGGCACCACUUUCACAGCAACAUCUACCUGGUAUGACUGCACAGGUUCCACCAUUGCAACAGCAACAAAUGCAACCUGGAAUAACACCCAGCCAUCCCCAGCAACAUGUUGCACAACAAGGGGUACUACCAAGACAGCCAACACAACAGAGUAACCCGAAUAUGUUACAGAACCAAUCUCAGCAACAUAUUACAUCUGGAACAUCACAAGGCCAUCUACAACCUGCUCACACUCAACAAGUUACUUCUGGCCAACAACAGAGCAACCGUCAACAAAUGGCUACAAGCUCAGUUCAAGGACCUUCUUCUCAACAGCAGUCUGGCAAUCAGAUUCUUUCUGAUGUCAGUGGAGGACAUCUUCAGCAACCACUAUCUCAGUACACUCCACCUUCAUCCACUAUCAUUACAUCAGCUGAUCUAAAUGUCACUAUCCAACCACAAUUUACAACAGUUCAAAACUCAAACAUUCAAACUUCUGGCCCAGGCCAACCAUCACCUCAACACACUUUCAAGCAGUCUGUGACCACAUCUCAAUCUCUACCAGCAACACAAGGCUCUUCACAUAUCCUAAAUCCUCCCAAACUAAGUCGUCAAUGGUCUGGAUCAACUGUUUCAUCUCUGGAUGAUAUUCUGUCUUCUAGUCCUGAAAACGUACGAGAGACAACAAUAGCAGACAUUGUUCUUACACCUAAAGUACUUACACCACAAGAAAUUCAACAGCAAAAAGAGGAGGCCAUCAAAAACAAUGCAAUGAAACUAGCUCAGAAACAAGAUCCCUACCAGGACAAAGAAACUCUUGAUAAAUUUGUGAUAGAAGUAGAGAAAUUUGAGAAAGUUGUUCAAGGACUUUCUAAACCUACCCUAAAUGGACCAAGUCCUCUUGACUCUAUUUGGAAAGAACUCUGUGAUGAACAAGAAAAGGAUAGCCGGAAACGGUCUAUGGCUGCAGCUCGCUGUGAUGCAAUGAAAAAUAGAGACCCAGAUAUUAUGCCUUAUGAUGAUUCUCGAGUCUUGUUAACAAGCCAGAAAGAUGAUUAUAUUAAUGCUAGUUGGUUAGAUGAACUUGUGUUAUCCUGUCCCAAGUUCAUUGCUACUCAGUUCCCACUGAAUGUAACUAUCGUUGACUUUUGGAUUAUGGUCUAUGAACAAGGUGCUGAAGUUAUAGUGAAACUGUUUAGUGAAGCUGAAGAAGGCAAGAAAUAUCCAAAUUACUGGCCAACAGAGAAAGGUCAAGUCAUUUUUCAUGGUCCCAUUGGUCUAACUUUACAGACCUGUAAAGAAAAAGAAUUUUGGACUGAACGUCUUAUUUAUCUUACACAUUCUGAGACUAAGCAAGCUAGAACAAUUGUCCAUCUUCAAUAUCGGAACUGGCCUGUCAGUGGCUUCCCUGAAAAGAUCCCCUAUUUACUGCAGUUUAUUGCAGAAGUACAUUCUUUCUAUCGACAACAGAGAAGCCUAACUAAACCAGUUAUUGUUCACUGCAGUAAUGGAGUAGGCCGAACAGGAACCUUUAUUUCUGUGUAUGCUGGAGUUGAAGAAGUGAAUCAUGCCAAUGGAAUUCUGGAUAUUCAAACAUUGUGCCAAAAAAUGAUGAAGAAACGCCGAUAUAUCAUUCGAGAUAAGGAACAACUCAAAUACUGUUAUGAUACCAUUUUAUAUCAUGCAGAAGAUUUACUUAUGAAACGUGGAAUCCUAACCAAUAAAGCUUCUUUUGGUGAUAAACUACCAAAUCCUGGAGACAAGACACACCAGAGGAAGCCAUCUGAAGACUUGACCAAGAUCAAUGUAUCAUCUGCACAAACUGAGACUUCUAAGGACUCUAAAGUAACAAGUUCAAAGAGUGAAGAGACUAACAGUGAAGUAGAUUCUGGUAAAGUUGUUGACUCAACCUCUUCCAAUCUUCCUGACCUUGUGCAACAGCAGUGCAAUUUGAAUACAUCUGAUGCCACAGGUGAAGCCCAGGUUGAGAGCCGAAGUCGAUCCGGUUCGGGCUCUUCUUCCAAAAGCAUUGGUACUGCAGGUGGGAGCAGUGGUGCAACCUCAAUGAGUAAUUCACCCCAACAUAUUGGCAGUAGUCAGCAGAAAGAUAUACCACUCUCUUUGGCUCAGCUGCAAAAUCCUAAUACUUUUACACUUGAACUGACAGCUGGACGUAAAAAGAUUACAAAAUCAAGUUUCACAAAUAAAACCACAUCAAUUACAGAUAGCAUGAAUGACCCAGAUGAUCCUCUUAGUUCACUUGACCCUCUUUGGUCUAUUAAGAAAAAAGAAGACUCUUAAUAUUAUUAUUAUUAUCAUUAAUAUUAUUAGUGCGGUGGAGUGCAGAAUUAGUAGUGUGGCGGACAAAAUGCUUUGCAGUAUUUAGUUACGUCCCUUUGUGUUCUGAUUUCACAUCCACCAAUGUUGACAUUGCCUUUUCUUCCUUCAAUGGGGAGGUUUGCUAAAAUAAUUACCAGUGAUAUACUGGUGGUCGAUUCAGUCAUUGACUGUACCCUCUCCCUCAAAGUUUGUGGCCUUGUGUCACAGUUAGCAGUCACCAGUUAUCAUCCUCAUCAUUGUUAUUAUUAUUAUUAUUAUUAUUAUUAUUAUUAUUAUCCCUAUCUAAUUUUUGUUCCCUUUAUAUUUAAUUCUCUGCUCAUUUGUAAUGGAUUGCUUUCCUCUCUCUUGAAGAAACUAUGAAAGUUUGUUCAAUGUUAUUGUUGCACUGAUCUUUUCCAUUCCCCCUCUAUCUAUGUCUCCGUUUUUAUUCCUACACAGAAUUGGUUUUAUGCCAACUUAUCCAUGGACACUGAUAAGUUGAGUAAUUAAAACAAUUAGACUAUAAAUUAGGAUAUUAUGUAUAUAUUAAAUCAUUUAUUGCUUCCCUAAACUGUUAAUUUCUUAUUUAAUGUAAUUUAUUUUACAAUUAUUUUGACAUUUUUUUCCAUCUUUUUAGGGGUCAUUAAAAUAAGUCAACUGUUUUGUCUCCAAAAUUUCUGGGUUGUGCUGAUUUCAGAAACCACCACCAUUAUCAUCAUUAUUAUUAUUAAUUAUUAUUAUUAUUAUUAUGGAGAUUGAUAAGUGGUAGAAUACUAAACAAAAUGUAUUUUGGUAUUCAGUUACAUUCUUUCACAUUCUCAGUUUAAAUUCUGUUGGUUUCAACUAUACCUCUCGUUAUUCUGGGUACUCAUAGAAUAAGUACCAAUCAAGAUUUGGGUGUGGGGACAGUUUAAUCAACCAUACUCUCCCAUUAAAAUGUCCUUGUACCUAUACUAUGGCUGUGUCUCUUUGUUUUGAAUUCAAAUCUUGUCUAGGUCACUUUUGCCUUCCAUCCUUCUGUAGUUGAUUAAUGUAAGUCAAGUACCAGUCACGUACCAACUGAGGGUUGAUAUAAUUAGCAAUAUUUUACUUCAGAAUGUGUGGUCUUGUGCCUAGGUUAGAAAUUCAUAUUCUUGUUCUUUUGGUAAAGGUUAUAUUUUAACAUUAAAAUUCUGGGCAAACUGAGUCCACAAUUCCUUGUUGGAAAUAUUUCAUUAGUGUCACUAAGGUAUAAAAUCAUAACUCCUUACCCAUUCAUCCAUAUAAGUUUUAGCUCAUAUCCUAUAAGUUUUAGACUUCAGACUUGUGUUUAAUACUUAUUGUUAUUGUGAGAUACAAUGGAAAAGUUAGUAUGAUUCUGAAACUUAUCUUGAAAUCAAGUUAUUAUUCUCUGGCUUGCAUUGUGUUUAUAUGCACAGUGCUAACUCGGUUGGUCUGAUGUUUCAAUGAAACAAAAUAAGAACUUAGAAGAUAAAAAUAUCAUUGUAAAUAGUGAUGAUGAUAAUAAUUUCUUUCUUUGGCACUACACCACAAUUUUGUAAGGGAGGAUUAGUUUCUUACAUUGACCCCCAGCAAACGAAUGGAGCUAAUUUUAUUGACUCUGGGAGAAUGAAAACCAACCAAUCAACUUUUGUAUAAUUUGGCUUUGAUUUUUCAUUUUCCUAGGGUUAAUAAUAAAAAAAAACAAAAAGUGGUAGUCAAGUUAAUCAAACUACAUUUCUUUCCAUCCAAAAAAUCUUUUGCGUUGUGCUAUUUAUGGAAUAAUGUUAUCAGAACGUGAGAUAAAAUGUCUUAACAGGAUUUAGUUCUAUUCCUUUACAUUCUGACUUCAAGAUUCCUGGAGUUGAUUUUUUUUAUCCUGAUGAUAAAAUAUUGAUAAAAUAAGUAUCAAUGAAGUAGGUAAUGAAUAAAUGAAGAUUUCUGGUCUUGUGCUGAUGUUAAAAAUCAUUAAGUUCAUAUCCUAUGGAGAUCAAACUUUAACUUUCUUCCUUCUGGGCUCAAUAUGAUAAAGUACCAGUCAACUACUUGAGUCAAUUUAAUCAAUAACCCAACCCUCACAAACGUUUAGGCCUUGUACCUGGGAAGAGAGGGAGAGAGAAGAGGUGAAAGAGUGGAAUAUUAUUAUUAUUAUUAUAAUCAAGGGUGGUGGACUGGCAGAUUUAUUAGAACAUUGGGCAGAAAGUUUUGUGGCAUUUGUUUUGGAUUUUGGUACCCUGAGUUCAAAUCCCUGUGAGAUCAACUUUGCCUUUCAUCCUUCCAGUAUCAAUAUAACAAAAUAGCAACCAAGUACUGGUCAGCACAAAAUACCAGUCAAAUUCUGGGGUUGAGAAUUAGCUAUUCCUUUCUGCACUAAAUUUCUGGCUUUGUGCUGUUGUUACCAUUUAUUUCUAAAACUGGUAAGGCACUGGAGUAAUCACUUACUGAGUUCAAAUACUGCUGGAGUAAACUAAACUUUUCACCCUUCUGGGGUUGAUUAAAAAAUAAAGAAAGUAUUGGUUGAUUAUUUUAUUGAUCUCAGUAUUUGACUAGAAUUACCUACAAAAAAUUGUGGUCUUGUAUGUAUAUUAAAAUUGCUUCUAGGGCUUACAAAAUUGUCAGAGCAUUGAACAACAUGGUUUAGUAGAAUUUGACCUCAGAAUGUAGAGAGCUGGAGCAAAUAAUACACGGUCAACUUUGACUUUUGUCCUUCAGGGUAGGGUGAUAAAAUACUAGUCAAAUACUGAGCUUAGUACAAUCAACUGUUCCCUUUCCUCAAAUUUUUGACCUUGUGUAUGUGUAGAAAUUAUUAUUAAGGUGGUGAGCCAGCAAAAUUGUUAGCACACCGGGUGAAAUGCUUAGUGGCAUUUUGUGUCUUUGUUUUGAGUUCAAAUUCUGUUGAGGUUGACUUUGCUCUUCAUCCUUUUGUAGUCAAUAAAAUAAAUACCAGUUGAGCACUGAGAUCAAUGUAAUCGACUUCGCCUCUCCCCCAAACUUGCUGGUCUUGUACCAAAAUUUGAAACCAUUAUUAUUAUUAUUAUUAUUAUUAUUAUUGUUUCCAAGGUUGAUUUGGAAGAUGCAGUGGUCAUGAUCUAAGUACUGUGUUGUAUUUAGGUAUGUCCUUUUACAAUCUCAGAUCAAUGUCUGCCAAGAUCAGUCUUGCUUUUAAUUGUACUAGGAUUAAUUAAAUAAAUACCACUUAAAUGCUGAGCUCCAUAUAAUUGACUAACACUUUCCCCAAAAUUGUUGGCCUUGUGCUUAAUUUAGAAAGUAACGGUGGUGGAUUUGCCAAAUUGUUUGAACAUAUAAUACAAGAUAUUUUGUCUGACACAGUUAAACUUUGCCAUUUCAUCAUUUUGGUUUGAUAAAAUAUGUAUCAGUUGAACCCUGAGAUCAAUAUAAUCAAUUUACUUUCUUCCCUGAAAUUGCUGGUCUUGUGUUGAAAAUUGAAACCAUUAUUUUCAUUUUCCUUGAUCAUUUAUGCCUGCUUCUUAUUGCCUAGCAACUGUACAAACUUGAGAAAAGAGAUGUAACUUUACUAGUGUGGGGAAAAUAGAUAUGUAAAACAAUGAAAAUUAUUUUUCUGCUUGUUACUUGUUGCAUAUGCACGUGUUAAUGAUACAUAGAUUAUUUCAUAAAAUUACUUUGAGAAACUGCAGGAUGACUAGUUAACGCCAACAGUCUGAACAAUUAUUAUUCUGAAAGUUUGUGUUAGUUUACUUUUGGUGAGUUUUGUAGAAGUAGUGUUUUUCUUUUUUUAUACUUCUGAUAGAUGGUUGCAGCCAUUUGAUUUUAGUCCUUAGGUAUUGGGUUAUUGAGUACAAGUUCUAGCCAGCCAUUGUGGUGUGUGCUUGGACAAAGAUGUAACACUCUGCUUUAGUCUGGUUGGCUGAGAAACAGAUUUACUCCAAUCUAUGGCUGAGUGUUUUAGGUACAAGGCUAGCAAUUUAGAAGGGAGAGCCAAGUUAAUAUGAAGAAACUAAAGUACUUAACUUUUUAUCCCUCCCAAAAUUGAUACAAUAAAGUUGACUUCAGUGGUAUUUGAACUUCGAUCAUAAAGCCAGAAGCAAUACUGCAAAGCUUUCUUAAAAUCUUUUUUUGAAUGAUGCUCAGAUGAUUCUGCCAGUUUGCUGCCUUAAUAACUUGCUUCACUAGCAUGCCAAAUGAUAUAUAAAUUUGCAAACCUGUCGUACCCAUUUACUAGCAUGGGGAAAUAUAAAACACAACAAAAAGGAACAAGUGAAAAAAACGUUUGUUUAAUGCUAUUUGUUUUAACUAUUCCACAAUUGUAUUUUAUGCUUUAAAUAAAAAAACAAAACAAUGUAACAUUUAA